AUGUGGAAAGCUGCUAGGUGUACUACAAUGAUUGAAUUUAACAAGGCAAUGGAGAAUUUGAAGAACAUUAAUGAAGCUGCUUGGAAGGAGAUGAGUGAGCAUUCUGUAGGUAGUUGGUCAAGGGCUGGGUUUAGUACUUAUACUUGUUGUGAUCUACAAGUAAAAAAUAUGUGCGGGGCAUUUAAUAGUGCAAUAGUUGAUAUAAGAGAGUAUGUUGUUAUAUCUCUUGUUGAUGGGCUGAAAAUGUAUAUCACAGAUAGGAUAGUAAAACUUAGAGAUUAUAUGUUGAGGUAUGAUGGUGAAAUUUGUCCAAUGAUUAACAAGCUGUUGGAUAAUUGUAAGAAGGAAGCUAAGGGCUGGUCUCCAAAUUGGUGUGGAGAUAGGGACUAUGCUAGAUUUACUGUUUAUAAUGGCACUGACUCAUAUGCUGUGAAUCUUGGAGAAAAUACAUGUGCCUGCAGGAAAUGGGAUCUGUCUGGCAUACCUUGUCCACAUGCAAUUGCUUGCAUAUGGUAUAAUAAGAAAAAUCCAGAUGACUAUGUGGCUCAUUGGUACAGGAAAUCUACUUUUUUGGAUACUUACAACAACCUCAUACUGCCUUCUAAUGGACCAAAAUUAUGGCCACAAGUUGACCUUCCACCCAUCUUGCCUCCAUAUGUUAGAAGGGCACCAAGUAGGCCCAAAAAACAAAGGAAAAAAGGUAAUGAUGAGAAGGUGAAACAUUCUCAAUCUGGUGCUGGUAGUAGUAGCAAUAGUAAAUCUGUGCCCAAAAGAAACCAACAUAGUCUCAAGUGUGGAAGGUGUGGUGAGCUUGGUCAUAAUGUUAGGACAUGCUAUGGUAAACAACUUGGUGAUAGGAUGCUUGCACCAGGGGAGAAUCAGGUACAAACUGUAAUGUGUUUUACUGUAAUGUGUUAA